GUGCCCAGCCCGCUGUGGCUGAACUCUUCUCCUCGGCUACAGGGUGCCGUCGUCGCCUCUGGAAGCUCUGCUCGCCCUCUUUCCUCCAUCCGCUUCUCCUCUACGUCGUCGCCUCUGGCCCUCUUCUCUCUCGCACAAGCUCUUCUCUUCUCUCUCUCCGAGCUUCUCACUCUGCGUCUCUGUCUCAUCGUUCCUCCCUGCCUCGCCGUCUGUUUUGUUCCUGCCUCGCCGUCAGUUUCGUGCCUUCCUCGCCGCCGGUGGUUUUUGAGAUGGAUCUUCCCCAAUUUAGAACUGCGUUCUUGCCUAGAACUUUGAACCCAUCUUCUUCACCUUACCUCCAAUUUCCACCCCUUGGACCAUUCUCAAACCCUUUUCGGAGUUCUCCAAACCUGAAAUUCCGGACACAGAAAUGCUUUCCGGUUGUUUCAUUCUCCGAAGGCCAUAAACAGAUUGCCAAGUUCCCCUUUUCUGGCCAGAAUCCACUAGAUUCUACUCAACAUAAUGCCUGCACAAGAGAUGUUCGGUCUUAUGCAGGUCGGAGCAAGAAGAAAGGUGGUGGCUCUUCCGGUGGCCGGAUUGAAGGCGGUGCUGAGUUACGAAGACGGAUAAGGCGCAAUGCCAGGGCAAAAAACAAGAAACGUGCCGAAUCUCUAUUCUACCGACUGAAAAACCCAAGAGGGAGUAAUUAUGCUGAUAAUGUCUCUGAGGAGUUGCUCCAACAAAUUGGUCAGGGGUAUGAUCGAAUGGUCCGGUUCAUGGAGAAGGAUGAUCCAAAUAUACGUCACCCUUAUGAUUGGUAUAAAUAUGGUCAAUAUGGACCCUACUCUUGGCGUGGAGUUGUUGUUGGUGAACCGAUUAUUGGCCGGUUUACAGAUGAACGUGUGACAUUAAUGACUGAAGUGAGGGACCAUGAGGAGUGGGAGGAAAUUGAGAAAGCUGAAAUGGCUGCCGAUUUUGGGAAAAAAGUUAAGCAGCUUGAUCAGAGUAAAUUAAGAUAUUUUUGGGUAUUCAUAAGGCACCCAAAGUGGAGACUUUCGGAGCUUCCUUGGCAGCAGUGGACAUUGGUUUGCGAAGUAGUACUUGAAGCUGGUAAGCAGAGAUUAGAUAAGUGGAAUUUGAUGGGAAGACUUGGGAGCAAGGCGAGGUCAUUGAUAGGGCAAUGCGCAGCUUGGAUGCGACCGGAUAUUAUAUAUGUGAAGAAGCCAGUUUUCCAGUGUAGGUUUGAGCCACAGGAUAACUUUUUCAAGCCACUAAUUCCUCUUCUUGAUCCUAAAACAGAACAGGAUUUUCUUUUUGAAUUGGAAAACGAUGAUGGAACUGUUGACACAUGUACUUAUUUUGGUGGGUUGUGUAAGAUUGUGAAAAUAAGUCAAAAGGCAUUUGUUGAUGAUGUGGUGAAUGCGUAUCAGAAAUUGAGUGACGAGAAGAAGUCCAAGUGUUUGGAGUUUUUGUUGGGCAAUCAUCCAGUGGAAUUGUUGCAUCCGUAUACUAAGGAGUGGAAGGCCAAGUUAGAAGAGGAGGAGCUGGGAUGUGAUGCGCCCGAAGAUGAUGAUGACAACCAUGCUUUUGCUGGUGAUCCGAAUGAAACUGAGGUUCUUGAUUGGAUUGAGGAUGAAGGUAGUGAUGAUGAUGAUGAAGAGGAAGAUGAAGAGGAAGAAGAGGAGGAAGAAGAUGAGGAGGAUGAUGAAUAUGAUGAUGAAUUUAUGGACAUGGAAAAAAGUGAAGACGGUAAAUUUCGUGCCAUGGAAGAUGAUACGCUCAUCGAUGAAGACGAAAAUGAGGAGGAUUGGGAUGAGGAGUUUGAAAAGGCAACAAAAAGUGCAGACGCGAUGGAAAAUCUGGCGAAGAAGAGUGUUGAGUUCACUACAAAUUUAUAUAAGAAGCAAUUGAAAAUGAUGGAAGGACAGGAAGAAUCAGAGCAAUCAGCAGAUGGAGACGAAACCUUCUUGAGAGGGAAGCGAGCUAAGGUUAAACCGGAAGAGUGGAAGUACAUUGGGGUUGGUCCAUUUAGAAAAAGGAUCAGGAAGAGCAAACUUCCGCCGGAGAUGUUUCUGCAAGCAGCCAUUAGGCCAUUCACUUACCGGAAUCUCGUUAAAGAGAUUGUCUUAACUAGGCAUGCAAUUUUGGAUGGUGAGAUUGGUAGGAAAGAUUAAAGGCAAGUUCCUUUUUUUAAUUGAGGCUACAGUUGUGUAGAUUGUAGAAUAUGUUGUCAAGAAAAGUUAAGGAUAAAAUUAGCUUACGGUUUAAGAUGGUAUAGGACAUCAAUUUUGGAUUAUAAACUAUUUAUCUAAUAAAUUAUUUGAAAUCAGUAUUAU